AUGAUACCAUGGGACAAUUUGAAGGUUGACAGUGGUGAGGUUGAAAAUCAACAAAUGCAAUUUAUUGAAAGAAGAGGAAUACCAGGAGUCACUUCUGAUGAGUACCAUCUUGGUUAUUUUGAAAGCAGUUCCUCUUACAAAUCAAGACCGCCAGUUCAUACGAAGUUUGAUCCAUUAUAUGAGACGCUUUGUUUCUUUGGAGUUUUGAUUUUUGGAGCCUUGAUAGUCACAUGUAUCACAUUUGGAAUCAGAGAAUAUACUUAUUCAAUGAGGAGAAGGAACAGGUUGUUUUCCGCUGGUUCUGAAUGGUCUAUAAAUACUGCAAUCACCAUUCCCGAGUUUUCAAAUAGUAUGAUUCAAAGUGCAAUAUUGGGACCACAAGGAAAUCAUAUUUAUCCAAAUUUACUGAAAAAUCAACAAACUAAUCAAUCACAUUUGUUUUCACCAUCUGCAAAUUCAGAAGUUGAUGAAACUCUGUUCACUGAUGCCAGAGAAACCGCAAAAGGUCUCGAGGGCCCAAGUGAUUUCACCCCAUUGGAAGUUGUUCAACAAUCACCAAAUUAUUCAUCCAAAUCUUUAGAAGGUUUCUUUUCUGAUAAUGAUUUACUCAAAACUUCAAACGUCACCAAAAAGAUUUAUUCAAUAAAAGAAUUGUUCAGUUUGAAGCCAGAAGAUUAUCAUGGACGUCCAUUGACAAAAGAUGGUCCAGUAGAAUUGACAACUCUUGCAAAAGCUGUCAGUUUAUCAAUACCACUUCAGACAGUUUCUUCCCAGUCAGCUUGGACAGCAGAAAAGACAUUAUUAGAGAUUUGUCUUUAUUUGACAAAUGAAAUGAUCCCACCUCAGCCUGUUCAUGAUAAUGCAACCAAAAAAAUUGCAGUUCUUCGGUUUUUAGCAAUAGCUGCAAACUGCAGCAGUUUACAAAACCCAAACAUCUUUUUGUCACCACUCAAUAGAGUAAUGGAUGCAUUGAUUGAUUCGGGGAUAAUAUUUGAGAUUUUGAACGAUUCAAGUCCAUAUAUUUCUAGGAGUUUAAUUGAAGUUUUGCUCCAAUAUUGUUUUGCACAUUGGCAUUUCCCGGCAAGAGAAAAAAAUGAUCACAUUAUUCACAAGCAAUUUGCCAAAUGGAAAAUGAAUUCACCAGCUGUACAACCCCAUCAUGUGUUAUUUCGUUAUCUUAUUAAUUUGGAAUUGGGACUUUAUUCUGUUGAUAACUUGGAUUCAGCGAUGUUAAAGGCAAUAGAAAGUAGAAUCAUAACGUUGUUGAUCCACUUAACUGGAAAUGCAGAUUGUAAUGAUUAUUUAGGAUUCAUACCCAUAUUAUCUCAAGCAAUUGAAUUCACGGAAAGAACUUAUUGUCAAACAUUAUGUUAUGAUUUGCUUCAUAUAUUGGUUCAAAAGCAUUCAGAUUGUUGUAUGGAGGAAUAUUUGAAAGAUGAUAAGUCUGAUUUGAAAAGAAUCAUACAGUGUGGAUUUUGGAUUAAAAAUGAUAGAUUAAUCCGUAAAUUCACAGAGAGAAUUCAUGUGAUUGUUUUGUCAAAGAAUCCUAAAGCAAUGUCAUGGUGGAAAGAAAUCAAUGGUGGCAGAAUUUAUAUAUCACCAUCACCUAGAGAGCUUGAUUUGAAAUGUGACACCAGCGAUAUAAGGAAUAGCCAAAGAUCAAUAACGCCUGGAUCAUGGGUCAAUGAUAGAAAGCCAAAGACGCCUGUAUAG